AUGGCGGCGGCGGUCGACAGCCCGAUGGAGGUGGUGCAGGCGGCGCUGCCGGAGGAGGCCGCGCCCGAGGCGGCGGGCCUCAGCUGCCUCGUCAACCUGCCCGGCGAGGUGCUGGAAUACAUCCUGUGCUGCGGCUCGCUCACGGCCACGGACGUCAGCCGCGUCUCCAGCACCUGCCGGCGGCUGCGCGAACUCUGCCAGAGCAGCGGGAAGGUGUGGAAGGAGCAGUUCCGGGUGAGGUGGCCUUCCCUGAUGAAACACUACAGCCCCACCGACUACGUCAAUUGGUUGGAAGAGUAUAAAGUUCGGCAGAAAGCUGGGGUAGAAGCCCGGAAGAUUGUAGCCUCCUUCUCCAAGAGGUUCUUUGCAGAGCACGUCCCUUGUAACGGUUUCAGUGACAUUGAGAAUCUCGAGGGGCCAGAGAUAUUUUUUGAGGAUGAACUAGUGUGUAUCCUAAAUAUGGAAGGAAGGAAAGCUUUGACCUGGAAGUACUACGCAAAAAAAAUCCUUUACUACCUACGACAGCAGAAAAUUUUAAAUAACCUUAAGGCUUUUCUUCAGCAAUCGGAUGACUAUGAAUCGUAUCUUGAAGGUGCCGUGUUUAUCGACCAGUACUGCAACCCUCUUUCCGAAAUCAGCCUCGGGGACAUCCAGGCCCAGAUCGGCAGCAUCGUGGAGCUGGUGCGCAAGACCCUGCGGGGCAUCAACAGCCGCCACCCCAGUUUGGCCUCCAAGGCAGGUGAGUCCUCCAUGGUAAUGGAGAUAGAGCUCCAGAGCCAGGUGCUGGACGCCAUGAACUAUGUCCUGUAUGACCAGCUGAAGUUCAAGGGGAACCGCAUGGAUUACUAUAACGCCCUCAACUUAUAUAUGCACCAGGUCCUGAUCCGCAGGACAGGGAUCCCCAUCAGCAUGUCUCUGCUCUACAUGACCAUUGCCCGCCAGUUGGGGGUCCCUCUGGAACCUGUCAACUUCCCAAGUCACUUCCUGCUGAGGUGGUGCCAGGGCGCGGAAGGAGCCAACCUGGACAUCUUCGACUACAUCUACAUCGAUGCUUUUGGGAAAGGCAGGCAGCUGACUGUGAAAGAGUGUGAAUACCUGAUCGGCCAGCAUGUGACUGCGGCGCUGUACGGGGUGGUCAACGUGAAGAAGGUGCUGCAGCGAAUGGUGGGAAACCUUCUAAGCCUGGGAAAGCGGGAAGGCAUCGACCAGUCGUACCAGCUCCUGCGAGACUCACUGGACCUGUACCUGGCCAUGUACCCGGACCAGGUGCAGCUCCUCCUCCUCCAAGCCAGGCUCUACUUCCACCUGGGCAUCUGGCCAGAGAAGGUGCUUGACAUCCUCCAGCACAUUCAGACCCUAGACCCCGGGCAGCACGGGGCCGUGGGUUACCUGGUGCAGCACACACUAGAGCACAUUGAGCGCAAGAAGGAGGAUGUGGGCGUGGAGGUGAAGCUCCGUUCCCACGAGAAGCACAGGGAUGUCUGCUACUCCAUUGGGCUCAUUAUGAAGCAUAAGAGGUACGGCUACAACUGUGUCAUCUACGGCUGGGACCCCACCUGCAUGAUGGGACACGAGUGGAUUCGAAACAUGAACGUCCACAGCCUGCCUCACGGCCAUCAUCAGCCUUUCUACAAUGUUCUGGUGGAGGAUGGUUCUUGCCGCUAUGCAGCCCAAGAAAACCUGGAAUAUAACGUGGAGCCUCAAGAAAUCUCGCACCCCGAUGUCGGACGCUAUUUCUCAGAGUUUACUGGCACCCACUACAUCCCGAACGCGGAGCUAGAGCUCCGGUACCCGGAGGACCUGGAGUCUGUCUACGAGACGGUGCAGAACAUUUACAGCGCCAAGAAGGAGAGCGCGGAGUAG